AUACUUUAGAAUGCGUUUUAAAUUUAACACCUGACACCUGUUGCUUUGUGGCUAUAAAUAGCUGGACGCUUUAAGCAGAAUGCAGUCACAAUGCCGGAACAAAUCCAAUGGCCGGGACUUCUGACUCUACUCCUUAUUAUGGUUGUAGUUGUUCGGGGAGCCCUGGACGGGUCCGGAAGAUGUGGAUCCUACGAGUGCCGUCUCACCAAUCCAAUCUGUCGAUGCGAGUCCUUCUGCCAGGAGUCUAGUCAGCGGUGCUGGAAAUCCCCAACGGGCUGCCACUGUGCAAGGGGUUACGCCCGUGACGAACGCGGAAACUGUGUACCCCUUAUAAUGUGUCCCUAAAACAGGAUCAAUAAAACUUAAAUAUUUUGAUUACAUUUUACACCCUAA